AUGACAAAGGCUGGGGAGCCUCUCAAAAAGAAGCCGAAGACAAAAGCCUCUACGAAGCAAGCAAGCAAAGACCAAAACAAAGUGAAGAAUAACGAAGAGAGCAACGAAGUGAAGGCUACCGAAGGCAACAGCGAAGUGAAGAAUAUCAAAGAGGUGACAAGCUGUGGCCCAAAGGAUCAAGACGAUGCGGCAACCAAGCCCCAUGCUGCCCCUAGCCCUGAAGCUGCAGCAGCCUCGAGUUGGCCAGCCAGGUCGUGGCCAGAGGCUUAUGCUGCUGAAGAUUCUUAUGGCUGGCACAGCCAAACUUGGCAGUCUGGUACAUGGGGAUGGGGUCAUCGGGAGGGUGAGCAAGCUCAGUGGGUUAAUCAGUGGCACGGGGCUUGGAGGCGAAGGCGUUCUUCGUUGGAUUCAUUUCCUGACGAGGACUGGCAGGCCACUCCGACCCCAGCGAAGACUUGGCGCAGGAGCGAUACGACCGACACGGAGGUGGAGUUGGACUCAGGUGUUGUGCAUGCGUUGCAGCGCCUACGAUCCUUCGAUAAGACUGGGGACUUGGCCCAGCUUGCUCAGAGCUUGGAAGCAAAGUUCUUAGCGUUGGGGACACCGACCAAGGAGGUCCCGAGUGAAGCAAUUGGAUUGAAUGGCCAAGAUUCUGCACCGACCAUUGUCACGACCCAGCUUACUGGAAAUCAGAAGGAAUCCCAAGCUGAAGCUGAGAAGGAGGAUGCCAGCAAAGGAGAUGACCCAUCAUUGACAGAAAAGGAGGCCAAGAAACUGGAGGAGCUCCAGAAAAGGAAGAAAGCCGCCCACGCCCGAUACAUGCGGUACUAUCGCUCGGUUAGAGAAUCCCCGCGAACACCGGUUGAGAUCCGCCGCAUGGGGGACAAGGCCAAGAAUGAUUCCACCAUGAAUUCCAUACUUUUCGAAGCGUGGGAGAAGUGCCAGGGAGAUUGGAAGACUUCGUCGAUUUACCUCAAUCUCAAGAGUAUCAGCCGUACGCGAAGGACCGGGGUACGUGUAUGGAUGACACGUGCCGAAGUGGUGGCGAAAUUCGGGGAAACCUCUGCAGAUGCGAUUAUCCUUCGAAAGCAGGGGGACGAGAAGCUACGAACCUCCGAGAUUCGUCGGCACCCCGAGCUACCCGAAUCGGACGAGCUGGUGCAAUACUUGAUAUUGGACACCUCGAAGUUUGUUGAGGAGGAGGAAGAGGUCAUGGAGCAGCUGUACCAAGCUGCCGACGUCGAUUCCUCCUCCUCGUCUUCCGACACAUCCGCAGCCUCGAAGAAGAAGGCUAAUCGUUUUAAUGUUUGGCAAG